AUGGUGUUCCGACCAUCUCUACAAAUACUCACACUAGCCGCAAGCAUUCUGUCAUGUACUGCGACCUUUGCCGCCCUUUGCUAUGUCGUCUUCACACGAAGACGGUUGCAGGAGUCGUUGAGACACGCGCUUGUGAUCAACCUCUUGACUGCAGAGUUCAUCAACAGUACCAAUAACAGUGUUUCGGGAGUUGUCUCCGUUAUGCACGCUGGUGACUUGGAAGCUGGUUCCUCUUGCACAGCUAAUGGGUUUCUGGGGCAAUUUUCCGUUCAAGUCAGUCUCUUGAAAUCAUCUGGCGAGUUGGCCGUAGCUGUUGACUUUGGGGUCCUCUCGAUCGCGAUAUCUACACUAGCCCUAGUAUACUCGCCAACACAUGACUGCAAGCAGAGCCUCUUGUUCAGGUGCAUUGCUUGUGGCUUAGUUUGGUUGAUAGGUCUAACGACAAGUUGCAUCAUCUUGGGCCUGCAAGCAUUUGGACCCGUCAGUGGAAACUGGUGCUGGAUCAAGGAAGACAGGCUCGCGCUCCGCUACGGGCUGGCACACGGUUGGCGAUUCGGCGUCAUUCUGGGAAUCAUUGCGAUCUACAUCUGCAUUGCAAGGAAAUUGUGCCGUCAGUAUAGCUGGCUCCGACGACAUACAUACAGAGGUGAUUUUGAGAUCACCACAGGCUCGACCGAUGCUGGGCAGACGACUCCAGUGAAGCGCGAGUUUGUCACCCCCAAGCAUCACCUGAAGUACGGGCCUCUCGGGUGCGCAGGGAAGAAUAUUGGCAUGGACGAGAUCGUCAGUGUGUCUGACGGAUCACGAAGGGAAAAUUCACUCCCAGUCCCGACAGUGCAUGUGGAAUUCGACGGCCAGUGUAUUGCCACCACCCACGACCACAAACAAACACAAAGUCUGCUUGAAGCCAAGAGCGUUCAGACAUUUGAUACAGAAGCCAGUCCUCAACCCUUCCAACCCGCAUUUUUUGAGGAUCCCCGCAUCCAGGUCGUGGUACAGAUGACUGCGUAUCCCAUCCUCUAUGUCUUGCUCUGGAUACCAGGAAUCGUCAACCGUGGUAUAGAGGCUUCGGGGAGAACAUCAAUAACCCUCCAAUAUUUACAAGCUAGCACACAGCUCAUUGGUCUUGCAGAUUCUAUAAUCUUUGCAAUCCAGCAAAGAAACCGAAAAAGAAUAUACCGGAAGACCUAG